CCCCCCUCUGCCCUCGAAAAGGAAAGAGCGAGGGAGGAGACGAUACGCUCUCGCUUCCCUACCUCUCUCUCGGGUCCCUUCUUGCCUUUUGGUAGGGGCCCAAGCUCAAGCGAGUGUGGGCUAUUAUAAUUUCUUCUCCAACCAGCAAACCUGCCCAACUGUGGCCCUUGCUAUCACUGCUAUUUUAUUUUUAACCGUCUCUCUGGUCCUCGCCCUCUAACCCGUCCUUACCACCCGAUAUGGCGAAAAAUAUGGAGGACGUCGAGCUCUGGCUUCCGUCCGAGUUCCUCUGUGACGAUUUCUUCCUCGAAGGAGACAAGACCACAGAGGCGGAUGCGGAGGUUGCUGGGGCUUCUUUCUCCUCUGAGCUUUAUUCCGGCUCCGACUCGAAUCCGAGCUCUGUGGUGGAGUCUCCGACCCCAACCGUGACCGAGAGCGAGGAGGAGGGCUACAUGGCCUGUCUGACCCAAGAGAUGGCUCACUCCUUUCUCCAGGACGACGAGGGAUCCCCUCUUUUGCCCGGUGACAACGUAAAGACACGGGAAAUUAUGGCUGGUUCACCACAGUCUACUCUGAGCCCCUGGUCGGCAUCAGGGAAGGGGAAUCCCGUUGGCCCAUCUAUAGUCCCCUCCCCUUCGUUGACUCCAGUAGAGCAGGACGAGGAUCUGCUCUACGAUGCGGCGUUGCAGGUGAGGCGGCUGAGGCUCAAUGACCCCAGCAACAAGCACAACAUUCAGGACCGCGGGCUCUUGAGGAAGCCGCCUCCUCCGAUUUCCACCGCUUCCAACAAUCACAGCACCGGCUACCACGACGCACAUCUUACCCAACAGCAGUUACGGGCGGUUCAAUUUCAUCAUCUGAAGCAGCAGCAGUUAAUGAAGGGGAGGCAGAGCAGAGCGAGGGGCAGUGGCUGCGUCGGGGUUUAUGGUGAGGAAAGGCGGUACGGCGGGCCUCUUGGCUUGCCGUCUUCGGCAUGGCCGCCUCUUCAGAAGCCUCAGCUGCAACCCCCACCCGAUUCGGGGAUGAGAGCGGUUUUCCUGACCGGCGCCGGCGUUAGAAAGGAGUCCGCCGGCACGGGAGUUUUCUUGCCCCGAAGAGUCGGCGUUCCAACCGAGUCACGCGAGAAACCAGCUUGCUGGACCGUGCUUCUUCCGGCACGAGUGGGCCAGACUCUUAACUUGAAUCUGGAGGAAUUGGGGUCCCGGCAACGUUAUGCGGGUUCUUGAUCACGGCAAGACUCUUUCUUCAAAAAACUUGGAAUAUUUGUCAUGCAUAUUGAUUAUUUCCUGUCAUUUGGAGCACUGUACGUAUUUUGAUUUGAGGGGGAUCAUUCUUUGCUAGCAGUAGUCUCUUUUUAUUGCCUCAGAUGUUCUUUUGGGCCGAGCCAACACCGCCUUUUCCCAGCAGAAGCGCAACCAGUUCCGUCCCCAGCACCCGGUCGUUGCGAGCGAUGACAUCCGUCUCCCACAGGAAUGGACGUACUGACCCUCUCUCCAUUUCUAACCUCUUGCUUACCGAAUAGUGGUCUCCCAGCAAGUUGUGCUAGGUGUGGUAGGUAUUGGUAGCAAGUGAACCAAAAGUUAGAGGAAUACAGCAUCAAGUGAUGCUUUUAGUAGCGCCUAGCUGGGAAUACUGUUAUUGAAUUUGGGGAUGGAUCAUGGAAGUGCAGGGAAGACUGAGAUCUCAAGUAGUUAGUUUGCCUCGGUGUGGGGACUGGAAGGGGAACAGUGGAGGAAGAAAUAAGUCAUGUUUUGGUGUUCUGGAGAAGAAUUAGUACUGGGGUGCUUAUCCAAUAAGACACACUUUUCUGAAGUUCAUUUCUGUACUCACCAAGCCUGACCUACUUCUCUCUUUUGCAGCCUUAUUAACUUUGCAAGCGCCGCGAAGGCUUGAGCUUGAGGAACAAACAAGACGUCUUUUUUGUUGGCUUUGGUUUUAGUUUUCUUCUUUUGUGAUUUUGGUAUGAGGAUGGAAGUUAAGAAGGUCAUGUACAAUUGUGCAGUGGUCUGCUGUAUGUUUUAUCAAUCUAUAUCUUAUGGGAAAGGAGGAUUUAAUAUAUCAUCGUUAAAAAAAAAAAAAAAGGGACCUUGUCUUCUUGUUGCUCUGUGUUGCAUUGGAUUUUUCUGUCUGUGUCCCCCUCUUGAGGACCAUCGGAUGGGAUGGCGGGAUGGCACCGAGAAAGGCUGGUCAGGUACCCGAAAUGGAAUCUGUAAAUGUCGGACGUGAUUGGUUUUGUUCUUCGUUUUUUUCUAGAAAGAAAAUAAUACCCGAAU